AGCAAGACUCCGUCUCAAAAAAAGAAAAAAAAAAAAAAAGAAACUGACCUGGUCUGGGUCUUUCAGUCAGACUAGUAGGGGCUGCUUGAGAGCAGUAACGGAGUCUGAGUUCCCUCUGUGCCUGCCAACAUCGCACAGCGAGGGUCUGGCACGUAAUAGGUGCUAAUUUUUCUUUUUUUCCUGAGACUGAGUCUAGCUCUGUCCCCCAGGCUGGAGUGCAAUGGCGUUAUCUCGGCUUACAGCAACCUCCAACUCCCGGGUUCAAGCGAUUCUCCUGCCUCAGCCUCCUGAAUCGCUGGGAUUACAGUGCCACAGGACUAUGACACAGUCACCCACAGGCCCCCACCUCGAUACUCUCUUCCCUAAACGAGUAUCUGGUCUGGGUCUGGCUUUCUGAUGUUGCCUCAUUUCCUGGGAGGGGAGAGGGUGCGACCAAGCCCUGGCUCCAGCUCCAGUGAACAUUUGCCCACCAUGGCCCUGGUACUGAUCCUCCAGCUGCUGACCCUCUGGCCUCUGUGUCACACAGACAUCACUCCAUCUGUCCCCCCAGCUUCAUACCACCCUAAGCCAUGGCUGGGAGCUCAGCCAGCUACAGUUGUGACCCCUGGGGUCAACGUGACCUUGAGGUGCCGGGCACCCCAACCCGCUUGGAGAUUUGGACUUUUCAAGCCUGGAGAGAUGGCUCCCCUUCUCUUCCGGAAUGUGUCCUCCGAGCUGGCAGAAUUCUUUCUGGAGGUGGUGACUCCAGCCCAAGGGGGAAGUUACCGCUGCUUCUACCAAAGGCCAGACUGGGGGCCGGGUGUCUGGUCCCAGCCCAGCGAUGCCCUGGAGCUGCUGGUGACAGGUGAGGUCCUGGGGUCGGGGAGGAGAAGUGGGUGGAACAAGGGAGGUGGGGGAGGGACAGAGAGACAGAGCGAGGCGGGCAAACUGAUAGAUUCACAGACACAAGAAAAGACAGAUACAGAGACACUAGGGGGAGAGAGAGAGACAGGGGAGCAGAGAGAAAGAGAGAGAGGUACAGUGCGGGGGGAGAGAGACAGAGAAAGAGGCAGAAGAAGAAAGAGGCAGAGAGAAAGGGAGGCAGAGAGAAAGGGAGGCAGAGAGAGAAAGAGAGACAGGCAGACAGAGAGAGAGACAGGCAGAGAGAAAGAGAGAGAGGCAGAGAGAGAGAGAGAGGCAGAGAGAAAGCGAGAGACAGAGGCAGAAAGAGAAAGAGAGCGAGCGAGCGAGCGAAAGACGCUCACGCGGCCCGGGACUCUCACCCCGUCUCUGCAGAGGAGCUGCCGCGGCCGUCGCUGGUGGCGCUGCCCGGGCCGGUGGUGGCUCCUGGCGCCAACGUGAGCCUGCGCUGCGCGGGCCGCCUGCGGAACAUGAGCUUCGUGCUGUACCGCGAGGGCGUGGCGGCCCCGCUGCAGUACCGCGACUCCGCGCAGCCCUGGGCCGACUUCCCGCUGCUGGGCGCCCGCGCCCCGGGCACCUACAGCUGCUACUACCACACGCCCUCCGCGCCCUACGUGCUGUCGCAGCGCAGCGAGGUGCUGGUCAUCAGCCGGGAAGGUGAGGGCCCUGAGGCCCGGCCCGCCUCCUCCGCCCCAGGAAUGCAGGCCCCAGGCCCUCCUCCCUCAGACCCAGGAGCCCAGGCCCCCAGCCUCUCCUCCUUCAGACCCAGGGGUCUAGUCCUGCAGCCCCUCCUCCCUCAGACCCAGGGGUCUAGUCCUCCAGCCCCUCCUCCCUCAGACCCAGGGGUCUAGUCCUCCAGCCCCUCCUCCCUCAGACCCAGGGGUCUAGUCCUCCAGCUCCUCCUCCCUCAGACCCAGGGGUCUAGUCCUCCAGCUCCUCCUCCCUCAGACCCAGGGGUCUAGUCCUGCAGCCCCUCCUCCCUCAGACCCAGGGGUCUAGUCCUCCAGCCCCUCCUCCCUCAGACCCAGGGGUCUAGUCCUCCAGCUCCUCCUCCCUCAGACCCAGGGGUCUAGUCCUCCAGCUCCUCCUCCCUCAGACCCAGGGGUCUAGUCCUCCAGCUCCUCCUCCCUCAGACCCAGGGGUCUAGUCCUCCAGCUCCUCCUCCCUCAGACCCAGGGGUCUAGUCCUCCAGCUCCUCCUCCCUCAGACCCAGGGGUCUAGUCCUCCAGCCCCUCCUCCCUCAGACCCAGGGGUCUAGUCCUCCAGCUCCUCCUAAUCAGACCCAGGAUUCCCGGGCCCCAAUACCUCCUCCCUCAGACCCAGGACUCCAGGCCGCCAGUCCCUCCUUCCUGGACCCAGGACUCCAUGCCCCCAGCCCCUCCUUCCUGAUCCAGGAGUCCAGGCCCCAGCCCCUUCUUCCUGGACCCAGGAGUUGAAGCCUCCAUCGACUCCCUCUCAACUUUGAGACUGUGGAGUCAGGUCCCUAAGUCCACCCCAGGGGCUGGAAACCUGGAGUUCAGGGCCCAGACUUUGGGGUCCGGGAGCUGACGGCCCCUCUCUCCCAGCUCCGCCCGCAGACCCUGGCUCCUCCGACUACACCCGGGGAAACCUUGUCCGCCUGGGGCUGGCCGGUCUGGUCCUCAUCUCCCUGGGCGCGCUGGUCACUUUUGACUGGCGCAGCCAGAACGGCGCUCCUGCUGGUAUCCGCCCCUGAGCCCCAGGAGCACUGCAACCCGAGACUUCCAACCUGAGUAGCGGAGAAGCUGGGACCCUGGGCUGGACUGUCCUUUCCUGCAGCCCCGCAGUCCUGAUGGCUGAGCCCCGCGGAACGGUCCUUAGACCCCCCUGUGCCCUGUGCUGUAGCUUCUUUGCAGGCCUUUCCCAAGGAGUAGCUGAGUGGAAGACGCGAUCAGUGGUUAAGACGUCCAAGCCAGAAGACAGAGGGUUCGAAUCCCAGCACUGCCGUCCACUCACUGUAAUAGUAGCAGCUACAGAAAGGUAGUAGUGAGACGUCAAGCCAGCUGGACUUUCUGGGUUGAAUGGGGACUUGGAGAACUUUUCUGUCUUACAAGAGGAUUGUAAAAUGGACCAAUCUGCACUCUGUAAGAUGGACCAAUCAGCGCUCUGUAAAAUGGACCAAUCAGCAGGACAUGGAUGGGGACAAUAAGGAAUAAAAGCUAGCCAGCGCGGCACCGCACCAGAGUUCCCUUCCACGCUGUGGAAGCUUUGUUCUCUUGCUCUACACAAUAAAUCUUGCUGCUGCAAA